AUGCUACAGGUACCAGAUGAUACGGUAAUAGAAAUGGUCAAGUCAAGACUGGACUCCAACAGCGUCGAAGUACACAAGCUGGUUUCUAAAGGACGAGAUCGCUCUAUAUAUCUGCGGCCGAACAGCAGUCCAGACCUGUACAAUGCCCACUCCUCUGCAGUUCAACAAAUUCUGGAUAAAGCUAGUAGCUCAGACAGUGUACUUAUUGUAGGUGAUUACAACCUUCCCCAUCUCAGAAGGAUAUUCGACUAUGACCUCAAAUGUUACCUGCCUGAAAAUGCCACAACCGAACAAGAGAUAGCUAUCACGGAAACGAUAGUCGCUGGGGGACUGUGUCAAAUCAAUUCGCUCACUAACGCAAAUGGACGGACGCUCGAUCUGGCAUUCGUGAACUACGACGAUUUAGUCGAACUUCUCGAGCCUCCGACCUCUAUACUCAAAGCGGACGCUAACCAUAAACCCUUCGUGCUGAGGUUUAACAUGCAAGCUGAAACAGAAGACGCUUUUGCCGAAUCCGCCGACGGUCUCAAUUUUGACUUCAAUCGCUGCAAUUUUGACGAAGUGUCUGCGUCCUUCAAUGGUGUUGACUGGUUCGAUCUGUUAAGUGCAAACGAUCUGGAUCAUGCUGUCGCGGUGUUCUACGGAACUCUAUACGAGAUGCUACGCCGCAUAGUUCCUAAGAAACGUGUCAACAGAAAGACGGACUACAAGUAUCCGUGGUGGAAUUCCGAGCUUCGUCGUCCACGCAACAUUCUCCGAAAACAUCGCAAGCGUUACUUCCGUCCUAAGACCGACGUAAACAAAGCUGUUCUUCGCCGAACCGAACUUCAAUACGAAACAGCCCGGAAUAGUGCAUUCGGCGAGUAUAUAAGUCACGUCCAAAACAACCUUCGGAACAACCCCUCGACGUUCUGGAAUCUACUAGAUCGGGUCAGCAUGGAAGCGUCGUCGUCGUCUUCUUCAUCAUCGCCGUCGCCCCUGAACUGCCCAAUAAUCGCAGUCAACGUCCGCGUGUGGUACUUCUGGUCGUUUGUGCUGAAACACGACGCCAUGCGCUACAUUUGCAUCGUCCCCUUAGGGGUAAUGAAUGUGUUUAUGCUUGCCGAUCUGUAUCGGGCGUGGGGCAACAUCGAUGAGGUGAUUAUCAACGCCUUCUUUGUGGUGCUUUGUUUCAAUACGGUGCUUCGAGGAUUGAAUCUGAUAUAUAACCGCGGACCACUCGAGCAGUUUCUUAAGGAUAUUGCUAUUGUGUAUAAAGAAAUUGAGGCAAUGGAAGAUGAAAAUAUUCAAAAGAUGGUUCAAAGCAUCACAAAAAGAGCUCGAACACUGUCCUUUGCUAACAUGGUCCUAGGGGUGGUCAUCAGUGCAUGCUAUGUGAUAUAUCCGCUGUUCACUGAAGGUCGCGGAUUGCCGUACGGGAUGUUCAUCCCAGGACUAAACAUCUUAGACUCGCCCCAGUGGGAAAUAUUGUAUCUUGCUCAAAUGUUUGUGACACUACCUGGUUGUUGCAUAUACAUUCCAUUCACCAGCUUCUUCGCAACAUGUACGCUGUUUGGAUUGAUCCAGAUCAAAACGGUGCAGCAUCAGUUACAGGAAUUCAAGAGACAAGAAGUUGAUAAAGGCAGCGAAGAGUACAACUGCAAGCUAGUAACAAUUAUCCAAAAGCAUCAAAGGGUCAUCACAUAUGUUGCCAAACUGAACUCUUUUGUAACCUACAUUUGUUUGGUGGAACUGGUUUCAUUUGGAACGAUGCUGUGCGCAUUGCUCUUUUUGUUGGUAAUUAUCGAAAACCAUGCUCAAAUAGUAAUCGUAAUGGCAUACAUUUUCAUGAUGGUUUCCCAAAUAUUCGCGUUUUACUGGCACGGUAACGAACUUCGCGAGGAGAGCAUGGCCAUUGCCCUCGCUGCUUACAGUGGACCGUGGUUCGAGUUGGACACUGUGGUGCGGAAAAAACUUCUAAUGAUUAUCCUGCGAGCUCAGCGGCCGCUGAAAAUCACAGUAGGCAACGUUUUUCCGUUGACUUUGGAAAUGUUCCAAUCGUUGCUGAAUGCGUCGUAUUCGUAUUUCACCCUGCUGAGACGGGUUUAUAAAAGAUAG